AUGUCUCAAUCAAUGAGCACUCGUAACCUAUCUUCAUUCUUAUUCAUCAUCUUAACUUUUCGUUUCUCACAACAAGCUGGAGUCGGAAUAGGAAACCUUCCUAGUUGCGCUCGUACAUGUUUAAAUCAAGAGGUUUCUGUAACAAAUUGCAGCGCUACCACUGAUUUUGCUUGUCUUUGUUCAAAUUCAAAAUUCGAAUCUAUGAUAUCUGAUUGUUUUCACAAGCAUUGUGAUCACGAUGAAUUUUCAAAAUCAUCACAAUUCUUAUCUACAUGUUCAAACUAUACCAACAACUCAAGUUCCACCCCUAAAGAAACAGAUGAAAAGAAAACAGAUGAUUACACAACACCAAAGAAAACUUCUAAUAAGACCGUUGAUCCGAUCCCAUCAACAAUAAAGAAAACUUCUAAUGAGACCGUUAAUCCGAUCCCAUCGAAAAUGAAGAAUGAAAACGGAAACGAAAAUCCAAAGGUGAUAGUGAUUAAUGUUCCUACAGCUGUGACUCAGUCUCCAGUCCCAUCGGUUUCUACUGCGACUUCUACACCUGCAAAGAAUUCGACUACAGAAAGCUCAGAUAGUAAGACAGACAAGUCUGGAAACAAAAAGAACGAAACUUCAUCCAACACUAAAUCAUCCAACAAUAAAUCAUCUGACAAUAAAUCAUCCGACAAUAAAUCAUCCGACAAUAAAUCAUCUGACAAUAAAUCCCCCGACAAUAAAUCAUCCAAAUCUGAACCUUCUAAUUCUACCGAUUCUGAUCCCAACACUGACACUGAUAAAGAAGACACUUCAACCACUAACAGUACUUUAUCAGAUCCAAGUGAUGAUAAAACCAAUACAACACUUCAAAAUCAAUCAAAUCAAACUAAUUUCAAAAAGAGUGGAACUGAGAAAUAUGAUGUUAAUUCUGGUUCAUCUCAAAAGAAAUCUUUCUAUCAAAUUGUAAAUAGUCAGAACAAACAUGUAAAUCAUGAAACUCAUUUCGAUUUGAACCAGACUCAUCAAAUUCUCAUGUAUUUAGUUCUUUUGAAUCGUGAUCUCAAACAUCAUGAAAUUGGAAAUUCCAAAAACCGAUUAAACCUUUCCUGA